AUGAAAAGCAAGUUCAAGAAGAACUCAAAAAAGUUCAAGGAUACAUUUUUUCCAGCUGCGAAUGCAUACACUGUGAAAAAUAUUGAGUACAAGAUGAGAGAACUUGAUAAGAUUGACAAAAGGCUACGACCUUACCUACAACAAAUUGGGUAUCAUAAAUUAGCAAGGAUUCUCUCUCCAAACAAUAGAUACUCAAACAUGACAUCAAACAUUGCAGAAUCUUUUAAUUAUGCAAUUGUAGCAGUAAGAGAACUACCAAUUUGUAUGAUGCUAGAGUGUUUGCUAGCUUUGGUGAAACAGUGGAGUUGGACUAAUAGGAACAUAGCAAAUGAAACCUCCAUAAAGUUGACUAAUAAGCAUGAAGUGAUCCUGAAAGACAACUACAUCUACUCAUUGAAGUUAAUGAUUGAUAACAUGUUUCUUUAUGUGUUGUUUAUGGGCUUUAUAAAGUUGAUUAAGAGUACAAUAGUUGCUUAA